AUGACGACUGUGGGUUCAGAGACUACGGGAAAUGUGAAGAUGUGGACUGUGGGUUCAAAGACCACGGGACAUGUGCGGAUGUUCACUGUGGGUACAGAAACCCCGGGAAACGGUAAGAUGUCGAUUUUGGGUACAGAGUCCGAUGGGAAAUGUGCAGAUGUGGACUGUGGGUUCAAAGACCACGGGACAUGUGCGGAUGUUCACUGUGGGUACAGAAACCCCGGGAAACGAGUCCACGGGAAAUGUGCAGAUGUGGACUGUGGUUUCAAAGACCACGGGAAAUGUGUGGAUGUCGGCUGUGGGUAUAGAGACCCAGGGAAAUGUGUAGAUGUCGGCUGUGGGAACAGAGACCCCGGGAAAUGUGUAGAUGUCGACUGUGGGAACAGAGACUACGGGUACAAGGACCCCGGGAAAUGUGUAGAAUUCGACUGUAGGUACAAAGACCACGGGAAAUGUGUAGAUGUCUACUGUGGGUACAUAGACCACGGGAAUUCUGAAGAUGUCGACUGUGGGAACAGAGACUACGGGAAAUGUGUAGAUGUCGAAUGUCGGUACAUAGAUCACGGGAAAUGUGUGGAUGUCGGCUGUGGGUAUAGAGACCCAGGGAAAUGUGUAGACGUCGACUGUGGGAACAGAGAUCCCGGGAAAUGUGUAGAUGUCGACUGUGGGAACAGAGACUACGGGAAAUGUGUAGAUGUUCACUGUGGGUACAUAGACGACGGGACAUGUGUAGAUGUUCACUGUGGAGUCCACGGGAAAUGUGCAGAUGUGGACUGUUGGUUCAAAGACCACGGGAAAUGUGUGGAUGUCGGCUAUGGCUACAGAGACCCCGGGAAAUGUGUAGAUGUCGAAUGUGGGUACAGACACCACGAGAAAUGUAUAGAAGUCGGCUGUUGGUACAGAGACCACGGGAAUUGUGUAAUUGUCGACUGUGAGUACAGAGACCACGGGAAAUAUGUAGAAGUCGACUGUAUGUACAAAGACCCCGUGAAAUGUGUAGAUGCCGACUGUAGGUACAAAGAUCCCGGGAAAUGUGUAGAUGUCGAUUGUGGGUACAGAGACCACGGGAAUUGUGUAAAUGUUGACUGUAGGUACCAGGACCCCGGGAAAUGUGUAGAAUUCGACUGUAGGUACAAAGACCACGUGAAAUGUGUAGAUGUCGACUGUGGGAACAUAGACCACGGGAAUUGUGAAGAUGUCGACUGUGGGAACAGAGACUACGGGAAAUGUGUAGAUGUUCACUGUGGGUACAGAAACCCCGGAAAAUGUGUAGAUGUCGAUUGUGGGUACAGAGACCACGGGAAAUGUUUAGAUGUCCACUGUGGAUAUGAAGAUGUCGACUGUGGGAACAGAGAUGUCGACUGUGGGAACAGAGACCCCGGGAAAUGUGUAGAUGUCGAUGUGGGUACAGAGACCACGGGAAAUGUUUAG